AUGAUCGGGUCAGUUCGCGCCACGCUGCUGGGCCUUGUGCUCCAGAUCCUUGUCGAAAGGCUGGCCGGCCAGCAGCAGCAGUUCGUCCUCGCGCGUCCCCAACGCUCCCUGUACGAGCCCCUGGAGCACCUGGGUCCUGUGGCGCCUCUCGGCUGGAAUACCAUCCCCAGCGGCGGUGGAUUGGGUCUCGGCACGGGACUGGGACUAGGAGAGUGGUCCUACAACCCCAUUGGACUGGGGCAUAUGAGCAAGGACGAGCUACUGACCCUGUUGGAGGCGUGGAAGGAAGUGGAACAGGAAUCGGCUACCACUACUGCUGCUCCUCCACCGCCGGAAACCACAACGUCAUCACCGGUUCUAAUUCUUCCUCCUCCCUCACCACCUCCACCUCGGCCAAUUGUUCUGGCUCCUGCUCCGGCCCCAGCCCCUGCUCCUGCUCCAGUUCCCCAGCUCCCGGCUGGAACUCCCAUUACGGUUCGCCUUCCAGCUUUUGUGCCCGUCCGACUAGCUGCCAUGUUCACACCCCCGGCGGGUGGAGCAGCCAUAGCUAGUGCUGGUGCCGGUCCUGAUGCGGCUUCAGCUCCAGCUCCCGACGCCGCUGCUGCUGGCGGCGAUGACCUGGCCACUGAUGACAUCGCCGACGACGAUACCGCCGCCGCUCCCCGACUCUUCCGCUUUAUGACCAUGCCCCGGAACAGAAAUCCGGGCAGACCCCAAUCCAGACAGCAGUUCGUGGUGAGGAACACACUGGACAGCGUUGAUGCGGGAACUGCUCCGCUGAAGCAGGCCGUGAAACCCAUUGCCAAAGCACCUGCUCCCAAGUUGGCAGCUCCGCCAGCAGCUCCCUCAUUCCGGCCCAGAUUCGGCAGCUUGCCUCCUCACCUGGCCAACGCCCGCUUUGAACUGGUACCCUCCUCCCAAAUCAUCGGCGAUUGGCGGGAGUAA